GGUCCGUCAGGUGGCUGGUGUUGACAGUGCUGUGGCUAUGGCCUCACCUCGCUUAGUAUGGCAGAUGCUGUCAUAAUAAAAGAUCCAGACAUACAUGACGAAUAUGGCCCCAGAAACAUGGAUUUACACACAGUGGAGGUUCAGGCGGCGGAUAUACUGGAAGAUUUAUGUCGAUUGUGUGGGGCGCAAGACGGCAGAAUGUUACAUUUAGCUGAUACUUUCUCUAUCCUGGGAGCCACGUCAAAUAUACUACACUUGCUGGAAAGCAUAUCAGUCAUGCUUAAAGUUCAGGAUGAUUGUGAGGACUUGAUGCCCAAACACCUGUGCUUGUCCUGCUUCAAUACAGCGAUUGACAUUCAAGCUUUUAUAGACUCAGGUGUCAACUUCCAGAAAACAACCAUCAGUCAGUUAUUUCCAAAUGCUAAAGUAGAAGAAGCAUAUGAACUGCCAUUUGCUACAACAUAUCACCAAGACUCAUGUAUGACAACUAGAGCACUGCCGGAGUAUAUGGAAAAUACCAUUGAAGGUGAAGCAUCGGGAGAGAAGAGACCUCAGGAUUUUUUACGCUGUUACACUUCUUUUGAAAAUUCAGGUGACUUCACCAAAAGAAAUUAUGAUCAAGGUCAUGCACUCACCAUUGAACGAAAUGUGGAUAAUCAUAGACAUAUCAUAGAAAGUUACCAAGACUCCCAAGGAAUUUUUGAAUCCAGUGGAGUUGUAAAUAAACCUGGUGUUAUUAUUACAUCCAAGACAACAAAUACGGAGCCAAUUACUUCAAGUCAUUCCCUCGAGCUCUCUAAGAAGAAUUCCAAGUCUCCUCUGGAAGGACAAAUUCUCACUAGUGACCAGUGUGAUUCAGUGGUAACAUCUGCAGGAAAAAAUGUCUCUUCAAAGCAGAAGAUGCAUGGGAAAAAGCCACCAAAUUGCUUGUCUUAUGGAACCAACCAGAAAAGCAGGGAUAGUACUGACGGUGCUAAUAGCAACUCUGACUGCCCUACUGAGAGACAAGGCUCAGUCUCCUCCGAUGACCCAGCAGCUGGUGACAACAGGUUAAGGAAAUGUCCAACAUGCAACAAAACAUUUUCUAGACAAAGUCAACUCAAGAGUCACCUUACUAGUCACAGUGAGGUCCGGCCAUUUGAAUGCAAGAUAUGUCUUUUAAAAUUUAAGUACCGCAGAAAUCUUGUUGAACAUUCCAGUAUUCACGAUGCCGUUCCAUCCUUCAUCUGCUCGGUGUGUGGACUGACAUUUAAACAAAAGAGCAAUUUGCUGAAGCACGAGCGGACCCACCGCGAGGCAAGUAAAAUGAACUUCAGGUGUACUUUUUGUGCCAAGGAAUAUACACAGUCCUCACACCUGAAGACCCACAUGAGGAACAUACAUGGAGAUAACUGUGGCUAUACCUGCAGUGAGUGUAGUGUGGUGGUACUGUGCAGGUCUUCAUUGCGCCGCCACAUGUCUACUGUACACGCCAAAUCUACAAAAUUCACUUGUCCUCACUGUAAUAAAGGCUUUAAUAAUUACCAGAAUUAUCAAGGUCAUGUACGUGGGCACACUGGAGAGCGUCCAUAUUGUUGUGUAACCUGCAAUAAAACCUUCACCACACCUAAGGCUCUCAGUAGACAUCGCCUCAUUCAUCAGGGGACCAAAUCUCACAAGUGUACACAGUGCAGUAAAGCAUUUCUUGAAUUAUGUGAUCUGAAGCGACACGUCAAACGCCAUCUUUUGAAGCGAGUGAAGAAGGCCAAUAAAAUGUCUUUGGCCAAGAAUCAAGAGAAUGCUAAUAACCCGACAGCUGCAGUGGAUCCAAGCAUGAAUUCUAUCAAUCUUAUGGUGCUUACUGAAUCGUUGCUCUUCACCGAGUCUCAGCAGAUACUGGAGAACACUGGCUCCAGAGCGACUGAGGUUAUCUUACCACAUGAGAAACUUGAUGUCCCUAAGGUUGUCACUGCUGAGCCAGUCAUGAAUCCAGACAAUAUUAUACAACCUGAUGGGUCUAAUUUGCCACAAGCAUCCAUGGAUCUGACAAAGGGAUCACAUAUAUUAAGGACUGAGGAGGAAGUUCUUGCAUCAUCUCAACUCAUGCCAGCUGCACCAGAUAUGGAAGCAGUUUCUCUCCUGGCAAAUACUGCAGUUCUUCAGCCCCCAGAAGUCAUAAAUGGCAUUACUACACCCUUAGAUCCUUCACAAGUAUUACAGCCAACAAAUAUUGAUGUCCAGGAUGUAGUAACUGCAAGUGAAACCAGUCAAGUUAGUCUGUCAACGCGUGAAACAUCUGAAUGUACCUCAGCCUCAGAGGCUCCCACGAUGGUCAUGCUGUCAUCUGUUACAACACCAUCUGAGUAUUUACCUGUACCUCAGCAAGAAAGUAACUCUGGCAACCCAGUCAUUGAUGGAACAAGACAUCAACAGAGUGAGAGAGUGCUCAGUCAUGCCACCUGGUAAUUUAGAUGCCAGAGUCUUCAUUGUUAAGACAGAUUUAAGGAAUAUACACUUGUAAUAUUAGAAAAAUUAAGGAACAUCUAUAUGUAAAAUUUAGUCAAACAAAAAAUGCAUUUUCAAACUCAAGUAAUAAAACAGAUACUGUAUUUAAUUCUAAGUUAAAGCACCCCCUAAGUAUCAUACUGAAUACCUCUCGUCUAGUCAUUUCACAGUAACUGUUUAUAAAUUUGCCCACCGGAAACCUAUUGAAAGAAGAUCGUGGUAACAAAAACCAAUAAAACAAUGAAAAUAUAACAUGUGAAGCACUUAAAAAAUGUGUUACAGAGUUUCAUUAAUAUAAUGUUAGGCAUUAAUUCUGCUCAUAAUACUGUAGACAGUACUGUACAGUAAAACCUUUUACACAACAGUUGGUGGUCAGGAUAUUAUGGCUGUGUGAGGUUUGGCAGCCAUGAGAGUUUCAUUAUGAAGAAGCCUUUAUUUCUCUUAACUGAUUUAUAUUUUUUAAGUUAAUUAUUUUACUGUAAAGUAUUUCUUUUACAAAAAGUAAAAGAUACAUACAUAAAUAUUUUUCUUUACUCACCAGAAGCUGUAGAUCUGUUGUGAAUCGAAAGGGGAUCAGGCAGUCAUUUGCAGUGGGCUACAGCAUGAAUCCUCUGCUGAGUCCUUGUGCAAUGCAAAAUAAGUUGGGCUAAUCAGAAUCUUAAUAAUCAUUUACUCACUGUGCCCAAAAAUAUUUUAAGUACUCGUAUAUUUUGGCCUGGUGAAUAAGCACAGUUACACGCCCUCUACUAUACUGUACCGUAAUUAUGGUACAAUAUAUAAAGUACAUGCAAAAUAUAGUUUUAAUACAAAAAGUUACAGUAGAGUAGUCACAGCAUCAUCUUUAAGGUCAUUUUCCAUAUUUGCAUUGGUCUACCAUGUUUACAUAAUGGCAGCACUCCAAGUUACAUGUUUUUUUGCAGCCUAUCUCUGUGCUGCCAUCAGGCAAAUUUGAAGCAAGGAUGUGUUUGACUUUCAUGUUCUUCUUCCUCAUCAAGUCCCCAAGACUGUCAUCUAGUUUAUCCUAGGAAUUUCACAAAACCCUGCACACUACAGUCACUGUGUAGUCACUCCAGCACAGUGAAGUUAACAGUUAAGUAGUAAUUACAAUACAGUACACCAAUCAAAUAGUUGUACUCUCAUAUCUUUAUGUAUCUAAUACUACUACAAAAGUUCACUUAGUUAUGUGCAAUUAUUAUGAUAACAGAACACUUGUUUCUCCAUCACAAGCUGGGAGAUACUAAAUGUGGUGAGGGGAGGUGUUGGUAGGAGUGUUAUCCAUGGAGAGCUACAACCAAGCUGCUGAACCUCAUAUUGACCUAACAUGGUCUCAUUCCAUUUUCAUAACCAGAACCUGAAAAAAUUGUGGCUUAGAAAUUGCUCCUUGGAGAUAUUUGUGGCUUAAAAGGUUUACUGUACUGUAUAAUUUAUAUAUAUGUAUAUUUAUAUACAGUAUAUCACUGUCCAUGUAUUUGCUUGUUUGUCAGGAUGCUGGCUCAGUAUAAUAAAGUUUACCAAUCUGAGAGUGAGUCAUGUUGUAAUCUCAUUAAAUGGUAAUUGUUAGAAAUAAGCAAUAAACAGGAGUUUUUCUUCUUCAAGCAGACGACCUAAACCUGAUCAAACCGAAUGUAAUGAUCAAAGGGUUGUUGAGUUAAGUUGGAUAGGUUUGUUUAGUUCAUAUUACAAGAAAAGAAGUUGUUUUUGGCUUUACUCUUAUUCAUUGUGAUUAGGAUAAGAAUAUUGCCAUCAGUGAGUGUAUGUGUUUGUGAAUUUGGCAGUUGGUCUGCACAUACUGUAUACAGGUACAGUACAUAAUAAGUAUUCAGUUCAUUGGUUAUAAUCAAUAAUUGUUUCCCUCAUCUUCACAUGCUCUGAUAUCCUUCUAAGUAACAUAAUACAGUACUGUACUGUAUACAUAACAUUCUUAAUGCAAUCUAGUCAAUAUGUUUUUUGCAUUAAUAUACAUAUUGUCAGGUAACUGUGUCCUCUCUAGUCAAGAAUAUACCAAAGUUGUCUUUUAUAUAUUGUAAUUAAAUGUGUGAUAAUAUUACUAAUACUUG